GGCAACUGUCAACUGACUCUUGAUUUGAUUAAUAAAUUGAGGCUUCGUAAUCAUUCGAGCCGUUAAAAUUCUGUUUAAUCAUUUUUAUUUUUAAUAAAUUAAAUAUUUUGUAAAUGAUAAGUUAAUUGAUAAUAUUAUAAGAAAUAUAAAGCAUCUAAUUGUGUUGACCAUAAAACAUGGAUGACGCGGAAAAAUUGAGUUGCAAGGAAGAAAUCUGCGAAAUAAGUGAUGUUGAACAUUCUAUGAUGUCUCUCGAUGAUUCAAAGGUGAAUGAAGGGAAAGUUAAGAAAAAGCGAAGGAGACGCCGGGAGAUUGACUUGAAGUCAGAGGACGAUGAAACAGAAGAUGAGGGGAUGUCAAAAAAGAUGUACCGUAGACUCAGUCCAGGACCCGGUCCCAUUUCACCUGCGUCACACCGUGAACCUCGCACUUGUGUUUUGAAAGCCAGCCAGAAGCGCCGUCCACUCUCCCGGCUCCUGGAACAACUUCUGCGUAACCUUGAGAAGCGGGAUCCUAAUCAGUUCUUUGCUUGGCCAGUAAAUGACAACUUUGCGCCUGGCUAUUCCACAAUAAUAAAGCGCCCGAUGGAUUUCUCAACAAUAAAACAGAAAAUCGAUGACAAUGAGUACAAAUCUCUAAAUUGCUUUAUUAGCGACUUCAAGUUAAUGUGCAAUAAUGCAAUGAAGUACAACAAGCCGGGCACCGUUUACCACAAAGCUGCCAAGAGAUUGCUUCACGCGGGUCUCAAGCAACUCACUCCUCAAAAGCUACGGCCGCUAGGGGAUAUACUAACAUAUAUGUACGAGAUACCCAUCAGAGAACUAGGAUUUGAUAUUGGAAAGAUGGAUGUGCCGUUAAGGACUUACGGUCGAAAGCACAAGGUCCUAAAACGCAGCAGUCCCAUCAAGAGCGGCGGCUCCGAGGCCGAGGUGGUGUCGGACGGCGGACAGGACCGCCAGGACAGCGGCGACAGUGUGAAGAUACAGAUGGAGGCCGCCAGGGAGCAGCACCGGCGGAGGCUCGCGAAGAAAGCGUUCCCGCGCAUGGACGCGGCGGGCCGCACGACGCUGCGGCUGGCGGCGCGCGCGGCCGACGGCGACGCGCCCUCGCUGGGGCAGCUCGUGGGCCGCCUGCCGCACGGCACGGGCUCGCUGCACGCCACGCGCGAGGACCGGCGCAACCUGGCCAAGUGCGUGAAGCCGCUGCACUACGGGCCCUUCAGCUCGUACGCGCCCGCCUACGACGGCACCUUCGCCACGCUCACCAAGGACGAGUCGCAUCUCAUCUACCACACGCUGCCGUCAGAAACGGGACAAGGCAAUGAGGAGAUACUACGUUUCGCGCCCGAUUCGCCCUGGCAACACAUUUACGACAUGGAGGCCUUGUUCCCCGACAAGAAGAACCAGCCUGAACCCACGCCGGUUAAGGAUGAUAAUGAUCUGUCAAAGGUGAAGAUCGACAUGGAGCAGCUGCGCUCGCUGUCGGAGCUGGGCAUCGACGUGGAGUUCCUGGCGGACAUCGAGGAGGAGGUGCGGCUGGCGCAGCACGACUACGGGCUGGCCGGCGCGCUGCAGCACACGCACGGGCUGCUGGCUGCGCUCGAGCGGGAGCAGCGGGAGCGGCUGUCGGCGAGCGUGCCGUGGCACCUGUCGCUGUGCAGCCGCGCGGGCGGCGCCGAGCGCGAGGCGGCGCGGCUGGCGGCGGGCUGGCUGCGCGGGAUGCUGGCGCGCGUGCCGCCGCGACACGUGGCCGACCUGGCCGCCCUGCGCGCCGCCAUGGGCGUCACGCUCGACCACCUCGACACUCCGAUGGCGGUCGACGAUUUCGAGAUGGAGAUGAACGAGCAGCGAGACACGGUCUCCGACCCGGACUCGCGGUCCAGCCACGACAAGUGACGCGCGGCUGAGGCGAGCGGGGCUGUAUUUGCUGUCCAUUGGAACACUAUCUGUACAAAACAUUAAUAGCUACGACGUAAUAAAGCUAAACAUUGUAAAGUUGUUUUUUGUUUAAUUAACAUUUAGUGACACUUAAAGUGAAUUAUAAU